AUGAUGAAACUAAAGAACAAAUGGGAUCAAUUAAAGAAUGACUGGAAACUCUGGAAAGAGCUUAAAAGGGGAUCAACUGGAUUGGGAUGGGAUCCAGUAAAGCGGACAAUUGAUGCACCUGAGGAAUCGUGGGUUGUACCAGGGCCAAAAAAAAUCAAAUUUAAUGGAAUUGAACCAGCUUUGGAGGAGAAGUUGGAUGUCAUGUUUACUGGUGUUGUAGCAACAAGAACCCAUUUUUUCACCCCUAAUGAUCAGAACAAUGAGUUCCAGACAUUCAGGGAAGUCCGAGAAAGUGAUGUGUCGUUGCGGACUACCGUUCUUGCUAUUCACGUCACGCCAGACACAUAG